AUGGUACAAUUUAAUAGCACAUUGUCUGAAUUAACGGCAGUUAUGAAUAAGUAUAACGAACGAAUUGAUUAUUUAGAGGCUAAAUUAGAGUCAUUGGAAGUAAAACAAAUUGACAAAGAAUCUAACAGAAUUGAACACCUAGAAACUACAAUAACUCAAUUGAAGCUAGACCUUCAAGACCGUGAGCAGGAGAUGUUAUCCAAUGAUGUGGAGAUAGCGGGUAUAUCAGAGGUGAGAAAUGAAAACCUAAUGCACGUCACGUUUACUGUCGCUAAGAAACUAACUGUGGAGAUUGAGGACCGUGACAUAGUAAGUGUAAAACGCGUCGGGCCAAUAAGGGCGCUUGUUGAAGGACAGCCGGUGCCAAACCCCCGACCAAUUGUAGUAAGGCUCACACGCCGAGCACAAAAAAGAUGCACUGUUGCAGGCAGCACGCGUGAGACGCGGUGCUAA